AUGUUGCAAGGCCUUUCUCUCUCUCUCUCUCUCCUUCCGACCCUCCGACAGGAGAGGGUGCAGAAGGAGCUGCAGGAGUGCCAGCCUGCAGGUGGCGCUGAGGUCACCAUGGAGGACGCCCAUCUCCUGCCUUACACUCAAGCCUCCAUACUGGAGACUCAGAGACUCAGGAGCAUCCUGCCCCUUGGAAUACCUCACGGGACGACGCAGGAGCUGACGAUCGACGGCUACCGGAUCCCUAAGGGCACCAUGCUACUGCCGCUGCUGUGGCAGGUCCACCACGACCCCGACACCUGGAGUAACCCCGACCAGUACCGACCAGAGAGGUUCCUCGACCAGGAGGGCCAAGUCAUUCGACACCCGGCGUUCAUGCCCUUCCAGACAGGACGCAGGAUGUGCAUCGGAGACGAGUUCGCCAAGAUGAUCCUCUUCGUCUUCACCACCAAGAUCCUCCUGCGUUUCAAGGUGGACCUUGAGCCAGGUGUCAAGGACGACCCAUCCAAGGACCCGGUGUGUGGCAUCUCCCUCUGCCCGCGACCCUUCAAGCUGGUCUUCACCCCAAGAGUCUCACAGGCUGAUGAGAACUGAAUCCAGCUCCUUCACUUGUAUUUGAAGUUGUAUUCACAGUUGUAUUUGCAGUUUUAUUUGCAGAUUAUUUGCUGAAAUAAUAAUUUUAAUUAUACUAGUUAUAAUGUUAAUAGUUAUAAUGAUAAUUCAAAUCAACAAACUAUUAUAAAAGUAAAAUAAUACAAUUUGUAUUUGCUUACCAGAAUUAGUUAUUAACUUUAAUACUUGCAAAGUAUUUUUAUGUCCAGUUGUGUGCAGUAGUGCUGGUAUAAACAUUCACUCGAUUACGAUAGUGUUGUUAACCAAGCAGCAAGAUGUUUCAAUAUUUGUAUAGAAUUCAAUGCUAUGUUGACCAGACCACACACACUAGAAGGUGAAGGGACGACGACGUUUCGGUCCAUCCUGGACCAUUCUCAAGUCGAUUGUUGGUCUGGUGAACAUUCUUCAGCCACGUUAUUGUGACUCAUCGCCUGCAAUUCAAUGCUAUGAUGGCUUCCAAAGUGUGUACCAAAAUCUUAUAGUUGACUGCAGGCGAUACGAACCAGAUGUGCCGAUGGGGUGGGAACACCUGUAGGGGGGAG